UUCCAUACCCAGUCAACCGUCCGGCACCAUCCUGAGAUCGUCGUCGCCGCAGUCCUCGGCGACCUCACUGCCCAUUCUCCAUUCUUUACCCCCUCUUCCCGUCUAGCAACUAAACUGCCCCUGGCCGUACUUGCUCUUCUCCCCCUCGUCUCGCUUCCCUUCAUGCUCUCAUCCCGAACAUCAUACCGGCAGACACAUCUAUCUAGCCUGCAGUUCCCGCCUAAAGCAGCCCUCUCAAGUCCGGAUACUUGCAAUCCAUCCAUCACACUCACCCCGUCCUCAACCGACAAUUUACCUUCCUCACACACACACACAUACGUACGUCUCUGCUAUCGAGCAAAGACCACAAUACACACCACCCAUCAACAACCACAACCAUAUUGUGGUACUAGACGAAAGGAAAAACGAAAGAGUGACCGACAUCCGAGACGUUGGCAAGAAAUCCAAACACGAUCCCGGCCUGUGACAAGCGGACCUCACCCAGCACCCAAGGCCCGAGCGGACCCAAGAAACACGGCCCUCGCCCACUUUCGAACCUCCGACGACACUCGUCCCCUUCCACCCUCCCGUCCGCAUCUUUCUGUCCCAUCCUUCCCCCCUCUCGAGAUACUCUACAGCCGAUCCGCCUGUUGUCUGUUCAUUGACUGGACCGACCUGGUUGCGUGUUCUUUCUUCCAAUCCAACCAAAGAACAAAGUACCGCCGGUUUGCGACCUCAAGCUUUGUGUGUGUGUCUGCGACGCCCAUCAUUUUUUUUUUUUUGACAGCCGCCGUCGGUCGAUCCCACCCUUCCUUUCGACAAGUCACAAACGGCCUGCCCGCCAAUAAUUAUACCCCCCGCAGAACCAAAUACCGGAAUCCUUUCGCCUCCUUCCUGAACCACCGCGCAAACCAGGCAAUUGUGGUUCUGCAAGACGGCCUUAUUAGGACGACUUAAUUCUCUCCCUCAUCCCCCCCCCCUUUUUUUUUUCUCCGCC